CUCUCUCUCUCUCUCAUGCUCGAUUGUCACGUCCCGAAGCUCAACUGGAUAGAUUCUACAGCUCCGCUUCCAAUGGCAUCGGAGGCUCAAAGGAAGGAGAAAGAGGGUCCCGUUGACCCUCUGACAGCACCUUUCCAAUGGGGAACAAUCCUGUCUGCAGUAAAAGAUCAGAUCCCCACAUUGGACUCUGACACAUCCGUGUCUGAUGGUGAUGAAGAGGAGGAGGACGAGCUUUUCAUUUUCCAGCGAGAUGAAUCCAACCUCAUUCCUGACUUGACAGAAGAACUGAAAGACUGUCCUCCAGAAGAAUCAGACUUGCAGAAGACAUUUGCAUUCAUGAGACACUCGAGAGAGAUCUGGAAUGAAGAUCAAGAAGGUCCAGAUAACAAGGCCCCUUCUGUGUUUGUAGGCCAAGAUGGCUUUGAUCUUCCGACUGCAGAAAGGUCAAGCCAGCGAGCUAUAUCUCCCAUAAAUGGGAAGAAGCCUGGAGGAGGGAUAUUGGCAGUUCCUGCAGGAGAACAGGAUGUUUUGAAAGACAACAAUAGUCUUUUAUCCCCAGAUAUGUCACCCUCUGUGGAAAUGUCACCUUUUUCAGUACUAAACAUGAGUGUGGAAGAAAGACGGCAACUGAUAGAAACAAGAAUCCUCUCCAAGGCAACUGUGGGACCUCCUCCAGAAGGCUCAGGUCAUCCCAAACCCAAAAACCGUAACAACAAUGCCGAAAGGAGAACGGAGAGAGGAAGUGAACUGGGAACUAUCCCAGCAGAACACCCCCAAGAGUUGAUGCUCGUAGCCUUCAAGGAUAUUGAAAGAUGGGAUUUGGAUAAGGUCCUACAGGAUCUGGAGAAGCAGAGUGGUGAUACGCAUUGGGAUUUAGAAGUGGCUUUUCCUUCAAUCAACCAUGAAACCUGGAGGGCUGUGUCACACGCAAGUCUUAUGAAAAAGCUGGAAGAGUUCUCCCUUCAACAAUCCAGGGCAUUUUUGUCGCAGCAGAAGAGAUGUCUUGCUAAGCUCCCUGAAUUUAGCCAGUGCCAAGGGGACGGGAAGGGUGUUCCCAUCCUGACGCCCCUGGGAAACCACCGAAGCCUGACUCCGAUAGAACUGCAAUGGGCUUCAGAGCCACCCACUGUCUAUAUGGACCUCAGAGAGACAACUUCUCAAAAGCCUGAGUCGGCCUGGAAUGACAAGCAAAGCUCAAGUGACAGCUCCUCGGAUGAUGAGGAAGAUACAGAAGUGAAAGACCCAGAGAAAAUGGAAAGAAAAACGAAGGCAUUAUCCCGGCCCUCACGCAGGGAUUGCACUGGGAAAAGCUUCCUGCUGCAGCAGCUUCGUCACUUCGGCAGAAGAAUGCCCCAGUCUUCAGCUGUUGAAGAAAGGGACGAAAACCUCACAAGUCCAGAAAGACCUGACCUUUCAAGAGACAGAAGCAGCCGCGGCCUAAUACAAAGAGGUCUGGCUUCAGUGGGUCCAACUGACUCAGAAUUAAAUGGAAAGAGCUUCCCGCUGGGGUGUCCUAACGGUGUAGCUAAGCCCCCAAGAGAGGUCAAGAGAGAUGCUGAGGAAGAGCCAUGCCCCAAAUUCCCUCCAGAGACUUCUGCAGACGGAGGAGGAGAAUACCCAAGGGCAGAAGAAAGCCAGAAAGAAAAGCAGGAAGAGGAGAUGCUCAAGAAACAGUAGCUGCAGGAAUGGCUGGAGAAACUAAAGCCUCAGAUACUCCAUUACUGCGAUGCAGCCCAUGGCUGAACAACCCCCCACCACCACAUCUUGUUCCAUGUGGUCCCCAGCACAGGAUAGCAGAACAACAUCUUGUCUUGUUCUUCCAAUUUCUGUCUCAUCUGUUAAAGCAAGAAAGAAAAGCCAACAACAUAUUUCAGGUCUUUCCAACCUGACAAGAGCUACAGUAGGAGUUUCUUCCUCUCCUUUUGCAGCCUUUUAUGAUGCUCAAAAUGUCUAAAAAGUUUUCCAUCCUUUCUGGACUGGGAGAGGGUUGGUUGUUGAUGCACCAGAGGCUCCAGGAGAAAGGUGGAUAUGGGGUUUCACUGACUCUGGCGAAGUAGCAGAUCCCAUAGAAGUAACUAUUCUAUCCUGGCCAAAUAUGCAUUUUGUGCACAUGACUUCUAAUAAAUGCAUUUGAAGAGUUCCCUUAAGAUGAUGCACUUUGUAUAUUAUUCUCACCCAUCUACACCUUUUCUCUGUGUGUGCACUCUUCCCUAAUAUACUCCUUUUCAUGUCAGUUCUUCAGUUGGAGACGUGCCGGACAAAAUUCAGAGAAAUGUCAAGGACCACUGUAUUUUGACUCUUGUUCAGGCAGCGCACGUUAGGUGCCUUUGCAUGAAAAUGCAGAUUUCU